AGCGGUCAGAUCUGUUCGGUUGAGGGGUCCCACCAGAGGGGCAGUAUCUUUGGUGCAAACCAAAGCCUAGAUAUAGAUGCCUGCAUAUCAGUUGUGUUGUUGCAUAAAGUGUUAUUAAAGAGGGAGAUCGGUCUAUUCGUGUGAACAGUUGUCCUCGUUUCUUCUCUCACACCACCAGGUGGCACUCUUGCUCUGGUACCCCCAAAAUGGCUCAUCGAAGUGGGCAGGAGGACCCGGAGCGGUACCUGUUUGUGGAUCGCGCUGUGGUCUACAACCCGGCCACACAGGCCGACUGGACAGCCAAGAAGGUGGUGUGGAUCCCUUCAGAGCGUCAUGGCUUUGAGGCGGCCAGCAUCAAGGAGGAGCGGGGAGAGGAGGUGGUGGUGGAACUGUCAGAGAAUGGCAAGAAGGCCAUUGUCAAUAAGGACGACAUCCAGAAGAUGAACCCGCCCAAGUUCAGCAAGGUGGAAGACAUGGCUGAGCUCACCUGCCUGAACGAGGCCUCUGUGCUGCACAACCUCAAAGACCGCUACUACUCUGGCCUCAUCUACACUUACUCUGGGCUGUUCUGUGUGGUGAUAAACCCCUACAAAAACCUUCCCAUCUACUCAGAGAACAUCAUAGAGAUGUACAGAGGGAAGAAGCGUCAUGAGAUGCCACCACACAUCUACGCCAUUUCAGAGUCAGCAUACCGCUGCAUGCUCCAAGAUCGUGAAGACCAAUCAAUCCUUUGCACAGGCGAGUCGGGUGCCGGCAAGACAGAAAACACCAAAAAGGUCAUCCAGUACCUGGCCCACGUCGCCUCGUCACACAAAGGACGCAAAGAGCACAACAUUCCUCCCGAAUCCCCUAAAGCGUUGAACAAGCUCCAGGGCGAGCUGGAACGGCAGCUUCUGCAAGCCAACCCCAUCCUUGAAUCCUUUGGCAAUGCCAAGACGGUGAAAAACGAUAACUCGUCACGUUUCGGCAAGUUCAUCAGAGUCAACUUUGACGUGACCGGCUACAUUGUUGGGGCCAAUAUCGAGACCUACCUCCUGGAGAAGUCCAGGGCCGUUCGCCAGGCCAAAGACGAGAGGACCUUCCAUGUCUUCUACCAGCUUCUGGCAGGAGCCGGGGAGCACCUCAAAACUGACCUGCUCCUGGAGGGCUUCAACAACUACCGCUUCCUGUCCAACGGCAACAUUACCAUCCCUGGCCAGCAGGACAAGGACAACUUCCAGGAGACCAUGGAUGCCAUGCACAUCAUGAGCUUCUCCCAUGAGGAGAUUGUAUGCAUGCUGAAGGUGGUGUCUGCAGUACUACAGUUUGGUAACGUUGUCUUCAAGAAGGAGAGGAACACAGACCAGGCCUCCAUGCCUGAGAACACAGCGGCUCAGAAGCUGUGCCACCUGCUGGGGCUGAAUGUGAUGGAGUUUACUAGGGCCAUUCUGUCCCCCCGCAUCAAAGUGGGCCGAGACUACGUCCAGAAGGCCCAGACCAAAGAACAGGCUGACUUUGCAGUGGAAGCCCUGGCCAAGGCCACAUAUGAGCGUCUGUUCCGCUGGCUCGUCCACCGCAUCAACAAGGCCCUGGACAGAACCAAGAGACAGGGAGCCUCCUUCAUCGGCAUCCUGGACAUCGCUGGCUUUGAGAUAUUUGAGCUGAACUCAUUUGAGCAGCUGUGCAUCAACUACACCAACGAGAAGCUGCAGCAGCUGUUCAACCACACCAUGUUCAUCCUGGAGCAGGAGGAGUACCAGAGGGAGGGCAUCGAGUGGAGCUUCAUCGACUUCGGCCUGGACCUGCAGCCCUGCAUCGACCUCAUCGAGAGACCGACCAACCCUCCAGGAGUUCUGGCCCUGUUGGAUGAAGAGUGCUGGUUCCCCAAGGCCACUGAUAAGACAUUUGUAGACAAGGUGCUCCAGGAGCAGGGCACCCACCCCAAGUUCCAGAAACCCCGGCAGCUGAAGGACAAAGCCGACUUCUGCAUCAUUCACUACGCUGGCAGGGUGGACUACAAGGCUGACGAGUGGCUGAUGAAGAACAUGGACCCUCUGAACGACAACGUGGCCACGCUGCUCAACCAGUCCACUGACAAGUUUGUGUCUGAACUGUGGAAGGACGACAUUCAGACCUUUCAGAGAGCCUCUUUCUAUGAUAAGGCCUCUGAUCUCCUUGAGCCUCCAGUGGACCGUAUCGUGGGUCUGGACCAGGUAGCAGGGAUGAACGAGACGGCCUUUGGCGCAGCCUAUAAGACCAAGAAGGGCAUGUUCCGUACGGUGGGCCAGCUCUACAAGGAGUCUCUCACCAAGCUUAUGGCCACGCUGAGGAACACCAACCCCAACUUUGUCCGCUGCAUCAUCCCCAACCACGAGAAGAGAGCUGGUAAGCUAGACCCCCACCUGGUUCUGGACCAGCUGAGGUGUAAUGGUGUUCUGGAGGGGAUCCGUAUCUGCAGACAGGGCUUCCCCAACCGUAUCAUCUUCCAGGAGUUCAGACAGAGGUAUGAGAUCCUCACCCCCAACGCCAUCCCCAAGGGCUUCAUGGAUGGCAAACAAGCCUGUGAGAGAAUGAUCCGAGCCUUGGAGUUGGAUCCUAACCUGUUCAGGAUUGGGCAGAGUAAGAUCUUCUUCAGGGCUGGAGUGCUGGCUCACCUGGAGGAGGAGAGAGACAUGAAGAUCACUGACAUCAUCAUCUACUUCCAGUCUGUCUGCCGGGGGUACCUGGCCCGCAAGGCGUUUGUUAAGAAGCAGCAGCAACUGAAUUGUCUGAAGGUGCUUCAGAGGAACUGUUCUGCCUACCUGAAGCUGAAGCAUUGGCAGUGGUGGAGACUCUUUACCAAGGUGAAGCCCCUGCUGCAGGUGACCAGGCAGGAGGAGGAGAUGCAGGCCAAGGACGAUGAGCUUGUCAAGGUGAAGGAGAAGCAGACCAAGGUGGAGGGAGAACUAGUGGAGAUGGAGAGAAAGCACUCACAGCUGAUCGAGGAAAAGAACAUCCUAGCGGAGCAGCUGCAGGCCGAGACGGAGCUGUUUGCCGAGGCUGAGGAGAUGAGAGCCCGUCUGGCCGCUAAGAAGCAGGAGCUGGAGGAGAUCCUUCAUGACCUGGAGUCUAGAGUGGAGGAGGAGGAGGAGAGAACCCAGGGCCUGCAAAGUGAGAAGAAGAAGAUGCAGUCUCACAUCCAGGACCUGGAGGAGCAGUUGGAUGAGGAGGAGGCUGCCAGGCAGAAGCUGCAGCUGGAGAAGGUGACAGCCGAGGCCAAGAUGAAGAAAUUUGAGGAGGACAUCUUGCUCCUGGAGGACCAGAAUUCCAAGUUCCUAAAGGAGAAGAAGCUCCUGGAUGACCGUGUGAAUGAGAUGAUGUCCCAGCUGACUGAGGAGGAGGAGAAGGCCAAGAACCUGGGCAAGACAAAGAACAAGCAGGAGGUUAUGAUGGUGGACCUGGAAGAGCGUUUGAAGAAGGAGGAGAAGACUCGUCAGGAGCUGGAGAAGGCCAAGAGGAAGCUGGAUGGAGAGACCACAGACCUGCAGGACCAGAUAGCUGAGCUGCAGGCCCAGAUAGAGGAGCUCAAGGUGCAACUGGCUAAGAAGGAGGAGGAGCUGCAGGCUAUACAGGCCAGGGGAGACGAGGAGGUGACCCAGAAGAACAACGCCCUGAAGCAGGUACGGGAGCUACAGGCCCAGUUGGCAGAGCUGCAGGAAGACCUGGAAUCAGAGAAGGUCUCCAGGAACAAAGCUGAGAAGCUCAAGAGAGAUCUGAGUGAGGAGCUGGAGGCCUUAAAGACUGAGCUGGAGGACACCCUGGACACCACCGCAGCCCAGCAGGAGCUCAGGACCAAGCGUGAGCAGGAGGUGACGGAGCUGAAGAAGGCCAUCGACGAGGAGACCAAGAACCACGAGGCCCAGAUCCAGGAGAUGAGACAGAGACACUCCACGGCCCUGGAGGAGCUGUCUGAGCAGCUAGAGCAGACCAAAAGGUUCAAGGUCAACCUGGAGAAGAACAAGCAGAGCACAGAGAGUGCCAACAAGGAGCUGGUCAGUGAGGUAAAGGGGCUGCAGCAGGCCAAGACGGAGUCAGAACACAAGAAGAAGAAGCUGGAGGCCCAACUCCAGGAGUUCAUGGCCCGGGUCACAGAGGGAGAGAAGGGCAAGGGAGAGCUGGCCGACCGCUCCCACAAACUACAGACGGAGCUGGAUAGUGUGUCUGCUCUGCUGGAAGAUGCAGAGAGGAAGGGAAUCAAGCUGGUUAAAGACACCACUGUCCUGGAGGGUGCUUUGCAGGACACACAGGAGCUUCUCCAGGAAGAGACACGUCAGAAGCUGAACAUGAGCAGUCGUAUCCGCCAGCUGGAGGAGGAGAAGAGCACCCUGCAGGAGCAGCAGGAGGAGGACGAGGUGGCGCGCAGAAACCUGGAGAAACAGCUGUGCACACUGCAGGCCCAGCUGGUUGAGACCAAGAAGAAGCUGGAGGAUGACGUGGGGAUGGUGGAGGGUCUGGAGGAGGUGAAGAGGAAGCUGCAGAAGGACAUGGACCUGGCCACCCUGAGGCUGGAGGAGAAGGGCAUCGCCUUUGAGAAGAUGGAGAAGACCAAGACCCGCCUGCAGCAGGAGCUGGACGACCUCAUGGUGGAUCUGGACCACCAGAGAACCAUCGUCUCCAACCUGGAGAAGAAGCAGAAGAAGUUUGACCAGCUGCUGGCUGAGGAGAAGAACAUCUCUGGACGCUACGCUGAGGAGAGGGACAAGGCUGAGGCAGAGGCAAGGGAGAAGGAGACCAAGUCCCUGUCUCUUGCCCGGGCUCUGGAUGAGGCUCUGGAGGCCAAGGAGGAGUUUGAGAGACUCAACAAGCAGCUGAGGAGUGAGAUGGAGGACCUGAUGAGCUCCAAGGACGACGUGGGCAAGAACGUCCAUGAGUUGGAGAAGUCCAAGAGGACUCUGGAUCAGCAGCUGGAGGAGAUGAGGACUCAGCUGGAGGAGCUGGAGGACGAGCUGCAGGCCACGGAGGACGCCAAGCUGCGUCUGGAGGUCAACAUGCAGGCCAUGAAGACCCAAUACGAGAGAGACCUGCAGGGGCGAGACGACCAGAACGACGAGAAGAAAAGGGCGCUUGUCAAACAGGUGCGUGAGAUGGAAGCAGAGCUGGAGGAUGAGAGGAAGCAGAGAGCCCUGGCCAUGGCUGCUAAGAAGAAGCUGGAGAUGGACCUGAUGGGCAUGGUGGGACAGAUAGAGGGCGCCAACAAGGCCCGUGACGAAGCCAUCAAGCAGCUACGCAAAUUGCAGUCCCAGAUGAAAGACUAUCAGAGGGAGUUGGAGGACACCCGGGCCUCUCGGGACGAGAUAUUCUCCCAAUCCAAGGAGAACGAGAAGAAGCUGAAGAGCCUGGAGGCCGAGGUUCUCCAGCUUCAUGAGGACCUGGCGGCGUCAGAGAGGGCGCGGCGCCAUGCAGAGCAGGAACGGGAUGAGCUAGCGGAUGAGAUCUCCAACAGCACCUCGGGCAAGUCUGCCUUAAUGGAUGAGAAAAGGAGGCUGGAGGCUCGCAUCGCUCAGCUGGAGGAGGAACUAGAGGAGGAACAGGGCAACAUGGAGCUGCUCAAUGACCGCUUCCGCAAGACCACCAUGCAGGUGGACACCCUGACCCUGGAGCUUGUGGCAGAGCGCAGCUUGGCCCAGAAGAGUGAGAAUGCGCGCCAGCAGCUGGAGAGGCAGAACAAGGACUUGCGGGCCAAGCUGGGUGAGCUGGAGGGCUCCGUGAAGAGCCGGUUCAAGGCCUCCAUCACCGCCCUGGAGGCCAAGAUACUGCAGCUGGAGGAGCAGCUGGAGCAGGAGGCUAAGGAGCGAGCAGCGGCCAAUAAGCUUGUGAGACGGACAGAGAAGAAGCUGAAGGAGGUGUGCAUGCACGUGGAGGACGAGCGCCGCCAUUCCGACCAGUACAAGGAACAGAUGGAGAAGGCCAACUCUCGCAUGAAGCAGCUGAAGAGGCAGCUUGAGGAGGCUGAGGAGGAGGCCACACGUGCCAACGCCUACCGCAGGAAGCUGCAGAGGGAGCUGGACGAUGCAACUGAGGCCAGCGAGGGUCUCAGCCGCGAGGUCAACACACUCAAGAGCCGCCUCAGGCGUGGAGGCCCCAUCAGUUUCUCCUCCAGCCGCUCGGGAAGGCGUCAGCUGCAGGUGGAGGGAACAUCGCUCGACCUCCUAUCCGACGACGAGGUGGAAAACAAGCCCACAGACGCCAAUGCCAACGAGACGCCAGCGGCUCCCCAACCAGAGUAGAAGCUCUCCCUCCAGCCCACACGCAGCAUGGCCUCUGCCCCCAUAAACCUUACCCCUGUCCUCCUAACCCCAGACACCAGCAGUGGACCCCACUACUCUGCCUUACCCCUCUAUGGCAAGCUGCAGGGCCAAGCAAAUCCAUAAUCUCCUCUAUGUGAAUAUACUGCACAUCAAGCCUUGGAUUUGUUUUUAACAUCAAUUGCAGAUAAAAGUGCAUUUAAAUUGCAUAGGAGUCUGAGUGUGCAUAGGCACUCGAAAACAAAUAACAGGA